UUGUUCUGAGCAAACAUAGAUCAGUGUUCAUUGUUCGUCGCUACGAUGAAGGCAGUUACUUCAACAGCGCUGUGCUCGAUCCUAGUGAUAUUAUUGAUCAAUUUUACAUCUGCAAAGGAAAAAACAGCAGAGGUUGACUUAACAUCUCCUCCCAGACAAUGCCGACUUGAGUGUGAUUCAGGGUUUCAUAUCGUGGUUAAAAAAGGUACUUUAUACCAUAAUGGCAAGAAGCUGGACGAGAAUGCACGGUAUCCGCCGAAGAUGGCGUGUGAUUUGGAACGCUCUUGCGACUUCGAACUUACACAACAAACAUAUAGCUAUAUGAAUUCGAAGCCGGAUACAGGUGCACAACUUACUAUUAAAUACGACUGUAAGAAGGAUAACUUCCAAGGAAACCCAAGAAGGAUAACAGACUUUAAGAAGACGAGCGGCUGCCCACAGGACUCUUUUGUUCAGAAACACGUUGCAUACUUUAACGAUAGAAGUAUUGCCCCUGACCGGGAUACACCAACAGCACAACGGGAAAGGGAAAUGAUUGCCAUGGGCGUCUCUGCUCAGGCCAGACGCUUCAGGCUAAGCCGUUCCCAUCUGCCGACCGAUUCAACUACUUACACAUUGUACUUGAUACUUGAUAACGGUAAAAAGGAUUUCUUGCUAAAAAAUUCAAAGUGUCAACUUAAUGAUAAGGCCAAAACAUAUAAGUAUACGUGCAAUAGGGGAGCGAAUAAAUGGACAUGCACAUUUAAAGGCAAGAAUAGUGACUUGGCCAUCCAUGACAAAGAUACUGGCCACUUAGAAUCCUAGGCUCGAAUCUAGAAACCCAAGCUGCAACGGAGCAUUUUUCUUCCAAAACCAAUUUUUAACGUAUAUAUACUUUUUCAAAUUUGUAAUAAAAAAUAUUAUUAUCACGGCAA